CGGUGCUGAUGAGAGUGAAGAAACACACACGCUCGCUCAGUGAUGCUGUCGUCUGGACAACAACAUCCAGUAGAGAAACAAAAGGUCGAUAGAUGCUGUGAAAAUGAGAAAGGUGCAAAACUAAAGCAAAGCUAAUAGAAAAGCACCCAGUGCGUGAAACACACGGAUUCAUAUAAUAUUACGAUUUCAUUAAGUAGUUUACAUUGAGAAACAAAGAGAAGCGCUUUACCGCAGCGUUUGCUGUCAAAGAGGAAGUAAAACGCUUGACAUCUUUCAGAGUGGAAAACUCUUUUUGACACAGUGGCUGUCAUGGACUCAGAAGAUGAACCAUUGUUGCUCCAGGGUACCUGGAACGUAAGCGAUUUUGAGGAAGAAGGUGAAGAGGAGGAAGAAACUGGAGAGACGGAACGAGCCAAUGGAGCAGAGCAGGUCUGUAGAGGGGUGUGGUGGGCUUUGGGCUGGGUGUACACACAGCCCUGGGCAAGUGGGCUAGUUCUGGCGGUGGGCUUUCUGGUGCCAUUCGGCCUCUCGGCUUAUAUGUUCCUUUGGUGUGAACCAUUAGACAUUGACCUUUCCUACAGUGCCUUUGAGGUCAGGAGUCAUUCCUCAGCUGAGCGUUUCGAUGCUCUUACCAUUGCACUGAAAAGUCAACUGGGGUCUUGGGACAGGCACAGACGGGACGCUGACGGAUUUGACCUUGAAGCCGACGCUCUAAGAGACCUUUUGUUGCUCAUGGUAAACAGGCAGGAAAGGAAGGACAAAAUAGCAAAUGUUACAAACCCUACAGGGAUCUUAAGUACAGAAUCGACCAAGACAGAGUCGCACAAUGAAAACAAAGGGUUUGGUAAUGAGAAACAUAGCAACUUCACAAGCCCUAAAAUAGCACAAAGGAUCACCUCCAGUGGCGAAAACCACAGGAAAGCCAACUCGACCCUAAUCAGGAAGCGAAGAUUUGCAAGCUACUACCUCCAGACUCAGGCCCUGUGGAGGAUAGAGCUGGUUUUUGUAGCUCAGGGUGACGAGGAUAACAACAUCUUCACCCCUGAACGGCUUUACACCAUCCACCAUGUGGAGAGACUUUUAAUGCAGCACCCGCAGUUUCAGCGAUUCUGUUGGAAGCCAUUGGAGGCUUUACGAGAUUUGCCCCUGGGACCCUCCUUUUGCUCUCCUCCAAGCUCUCUUCUGUCUUAUUUGUUUCCCACUGAGCGUGCAGGGAAGAUCUACUAUGACGGCAUGGGACCUGAUCUAGCCGAUAUGCACGGUGCCCUGAGCUUGGCAAUCACCCAUCCCCAGUUUUACUGGUAUGUGGAUGAGACCCUUACACCAGACAGACUUCAAUCAUCUCUUCUUCGAAGUGAGAUCCAUUUCGGGGCUCCUCUCCCCUCAUUCUACUCUCUUCAAGACAGACCUCUAGAACAGAGACGUCAGUUUAGAGACUUUGUGGUGCAAUAUGCUAACAUCUUGUCACAGCAAUCGACCAGUAAAGUGAAAGUGCUGUACGGGGGCACAGAGUUAUUUGAUGAUGAGGUACGAAAGACCUUCCACAGUGAUAUGAUGCUGGCUUUGUUCAGCGGCGGCUGCAUCGCUGUGCUCGUGUAUGUUUUAACGUCAUUUUCCGUGUUUUUGACGUUCUUUGGCUUGGCUAGUAUUGGUCUGAGCUGUCUGGUGGCACUCUUCCUGUACCAUGUGGUGUUUGGAGUGAAAUAUCUCGGCAUUCUCAAUGGAGUGGCAGCCUUUGUCAUCAUCGGAAUUGGUGUGGAUGAUGUGUUCGUGUUCAUAAGCACCUUCAGACAGGCAGCCCACCUGACUUGUUCAAUCCAGCGUAUGAUUUACACGGUGAAGACAGCCGGCAGAGCUACGUUCCUCACGUCCUUCACAACAGCAGCAGCAUAUGCUGCCAACACUUUCUCACAGAUUCCAGCGGUUCAUGACUUUGGUCUGUUCAUGUCCCUCAUUGUGAGCUGCUGCUGGCUUUGGGUGUCCAUUCUAAUGCCUGCAGCCCUUUGCAUCUGGACCCGAUGUAGAAGUGCCCACAGCAAUGCCUGUUCCAAAUGGUGGAAUACUCUAACUAAACUAUCAGCCAGCCCGAACCCUCUCUCAGAUGAUGACGAUGUUGCACUCAUAACUGCAGAAAUGGAUCCAGGUCUGUAUGAUUCAGAUUCAGAUGUCGCCCUGCUGUCUCUCUCUGUAGAAGCCCCAUUAACCGCGUCCACCGAGGGCAGUGUUGGGAUUGUCAGUGCUCGCCUUCAGAGGAUCCUGAAACACUGGGUGGCCGAGCCUGUCGUGGAGAAACGAAAAACUAUAAUAGGUGUGUAUGUUCUGAUUCUGUUGGGUUCUGUGUGGUGCUGUUGUCUCCUGCGGCCCGCCAGUCACGCCCCCGUGCUCUUCCACCGGGACACAAACCUGCAGCGACUCCUGGAUCUCCGCAGUAACCUGAGCGCCCAAGGGAUUUCCUGCCAUAUGUGCUCAGGUGUUUUUAUGGAGCGACCUCAUAAUCUCCACAGUGCUGCUGACUCCACAAGUUCAGCCUCAGGAAAACAUCCCACGAUUCCUUCAACCCAGACGAAACCAGCGUCCAACAGCACAGCACAGACACAGACAGGUGGUCUCCUCACUGUGUAUGUCUCCAAACUGGAUCUCGGUUCUCCUGCUCCUGUAUAUCGCUAUUCACUGAGUGCCAAUGUACCUGCACCUUGGCAAGCAUCAUCAGGAGGGCAGGGGGAUGUGCCAUUCUUUCAGGCCUACAGAAGUCCCCAUAGCAACUUCAGCACGCGGAUGACCGUGUGCGUUUCUCACGCCUAUCACCCCCGCCCGCGAUGGAUGCUUACUUUACGGUCAUGUGACGGCAGCCGACGCUGGAUGGCAGAGUUUGAGUUCUUUGUGGCUUUGGCCGAGCAGCAACACAGCAGGAAGCUGUAUUUUGCCCAGCACACGAUCAGCCCGUAUGCCAGUCGAGUGUGUGAGGGACCACCGGGCUGUGUGUUCAGCUCAGGUCCUGAUGGACCCACUCAGGGCAGUUUCUAUGCUCCACUGCCUGCAGUCACUCAGGUUAAGGUCUCCAAGACGUUUGGGUUUAACCCUUGCAGUGGAGGUGGUUGUGGGAAACCAGCAGUGCGCCCUCUAGUGGACACUGGAGCCAUGGUGUUUGUGGUUUUCGGUAUACUGGGGGUCAACCGUACUCAAGGCUCAGACAAUCAUGUUAUUGGAGAUCUGGGCAAUGUGAUGUAUGAUCCAGACUUUGAUCUCUUUAAUGAAAUCGGACACUUGUGCAAGCUGUGCAAAGCCAUCAGUGCCAAUACCAAGCUGGUGAAACCUGGUGGAGCUCAGUGUUUACCAUCAGGUAAUAGUCUCACAUCAAUUCUGCCCUUGCUUCAUCCUGAAUGUCACUCUCUUCCCGAGCCCAACCUUUUGCCCGGUCAGCUAUCCCAUGGUGCAGUGGGCAUGCAGGGCGGAAGAGUGCACUGGAUAUCUAUGGCUUUUGAAUCAACCACCUACAAAGGAAAGUCUUCGUUUCAGACUCACUCUGAUUUCCUCCAAUGGGAGAGCUUCCUGCAUAAACAGCUUGCAUCAAUCCCAGCUUCAUCUUCCUUGAGGCGAGGGUUUCAGACCUGUCAGCACUGGAAACAGAUCUUCAUGGAAAUCAUAGGUGUGGAGAGCGCCCUCUACAGUCUGCUGCUGUCUCUUGCCAUUUGCAUAGCAUCAGUAGCCCUCUUUACUGCUCAUCCACUUCUGUUGCUGCCCAUCCUGCUGAGCAUUCUGGGUAUGGUUUGCCUGGUGGUGGCUGUGAUGUAUUGGCUUGGCUGGGAGAUGGGUGCAGUAGAAGCUAUCUCACUCUCUAUAUUGGUGGGUUCUUCAGUGGACUACUGCUUACAUCUAGUGGAAGGUUAUCUACUGGCUGGAGACACUGUGGCAUCAGGACUGGAUCAUAGUUCGGAGUCGUCCAUCAAACGGCAGCUGAGGACCAUUGAAGCAGCGAAUCACGUUGGGGUUGCAAUAGUGUCCAGUGCUGUAACCACAGUGAUUUCGACCAUUCCACUCUUUUUCUGUGUCAUCGUGCCUUUUGCAAAGUUCGGUCAGAUCGUGGCCAUCAACACAGCCAUCUCCAUCGUGUUCACGCUGACGGUGACUACCGCUCUUCUGGCGACAAUGGGACCACCCGACUUCACUCGACCCCCUCAAGCCGUGCUUAAAUCCGCUGUGGUUGUCCUCAUAGUGGGUGCCUGCGGUGGUCUCUUGUGGUGGACUGGAUCACAGUUUGCUCCUGGCAGACUGAUAUAACGGUGGUAUCAACAAAUACAAAUCGUGUUUUCGUGGUUCCAGACAAACUUUAGAUGGACUGAGGGAUGCGCAACAGUGAUUUAUUUGUUAUAUGUUGAGAUAUGAGUACAAAGAACAGAAACUUUUAUUAGGAUUCACUGUACUUUGGGAACAAUAUGAUAUCAAGUGUUUAAAUGUGGCACACUGUCAAAAUGAGGAAAUGUAUGUAAAUAUUGUAGUUAACUGUCAGUAUAAAGGUAGCAUUUUGUUAUCAGUUUUGAGUAUCAUGUAAGGUAGGUCAGUCUGUCAGGGGUUUACAUUUUAUGUUAACGUGCAACUAAAAAGAACAGAUUAUUGUGUUUAGUUUUUAUUCAGAGUGAUUCCAAGGGGAACAUGAGGAUAUGAAGUGUGAUCUCGCCCUGAGGUUUACAGUAUAAAUCUGAAUUCUGUGAAUUCCUACAUUGGGGAAAACCAGAACCAUGGGAAAAAACAAGACUAGAUUUAAACUCUACUGUACUCAUUAUGUUCUAAAAGAUUUGUGUUUUUUUAAUUUCUCUUAUAUUAUUUUCUUAUUUUGGGAUUUCUCCCAUAAACAUAUUGCCAUACUGUAUAUGUGGGACUAAAUGGGUAAUUCUCACAAAAUCCGGACUUAGAAGGUGUCUAGUAUCAGAUUUUUUUAAAGCCAUUGAAGUCAAUUUUUUGGCACAUAUAAGAUUAAGGUCUCCUAUAGAAUUAUUUAAUUUUUUUUAGAUUAUCAUUAUCAAAAAUUAUCAUUACCGCAACAUGAUAUUACAUUAAAUAUAUGCAUUCACAAACUCAUGUUUCGGUAAUGAGAACUAAAAAGUUGUCUAGGUACUAUGACAAACAAAAUUUCAACUUUUAUCUGAAGAGAAAAAUAAGAACUGCUUACCUGGUAGCCAUCUUGAGUGUCACAGUCAAUUAUGUCCCUUCCCAAAAUUUCCACAAUUCUUUUUGAAAAUGUUAAUUCCUUGAGGGCUUAAACAAUGAUUGAAAAUUGUUGCGGAGGAUGAGAAAAUGUUUCUUGGACACAUUUAUAUUCCUUUUUAUUGUCUCCAAUGAUCACCAAACACCACAUGUUUCUAACAUGCACUAUAGCAUUUUUUUUUAUAUAAAUAUUUCCAUGUCAAAGAAUCCAAAUCCAGUCAUGGACACAUUGCGGUAAUGAAAAAUUUACCCUUAAAUGUGAAAAAAACAACAAAAUUGAUUUGUAUGAUGUAAUUUGAAAUCAUGCACAAAAGAGUACAUGACGAGAUGUUUGUAACUGUAUGCUGCUUAUUUUGAUACUCUUACUUUGGAUUUAAUUUUUGUAUCAAAAUGUUUCAUGACACCUCAUAAGUCUAAUUUCGUGAGAAUCACCCAAAUACACAAAAUGACGUUUUUUAACAAUGCAAUAUGGGCUCUUUGAGAAAAUGCAUUACUACAGGACGAUUGUGGUACCGAGUGGGACAAUAUGGCAGUUUAUAUUAACUCUGUCAAAGCUGAUUUAUAAGCAUCAUGUGAUUAACCAAUCAAAAUGUAGAAAUGCUUCGCCUUUUGUCUAAGCUUUGUGUGACCCCAGGAAAUGAGAAAAUCAAUGCAAUGUGGCUUUAAAACAUCAUAUUGUUUUUUUUCUAUCUUUCCCCUUGAAGUGUACAGUAUUAUAUGUUGCCAAACUGUAUGUGACCCUGUCUGUGAAAUCCAGUCUAAAGUCUCAAGUUUGAUUUCACAUUGAUGUCAAUGUCUGACGUGACCUUACUCAGUCAAUAUUAAAGAGAUCUAGGUUAUAUUUGCACAAAAUGUUGUUUACAUUAUGUAAACUGAUAUUAUGUAGAAAACAGUAAGUCAGACAACAUAACUUCAGCUAGGUUUUUACAGGCAGUGUCACAAAUGUCUACACCGCAUCAUACCAGGAUUGACAAACAAAUGAUGUUUAAGGAGAAGCACGAAAAUACUUUUUUUGUAGUAGUUUGACCAUGUACAUAUAAUAAACCAACCAAACCUGAUUAGUUUAUAGAGAUUACAGCACCAAUGUUACUGUAUUUCAGAGUGGAAUAUGUAAAAGCUUUGUUUUUUCUGUGAAACUUCAAGAUAUUGACUUUUGUAUGAAACUGUAAAGUCAUUGUAAAUGUCA